ACGCUGAUGCGUGGAACCAUUACUUCCUCAAAAAGCACCUAGAAGCAACAGUGCAUAUGUCUCAUGAUGCUUUGGUAUCGGAGCUGAAAACGUUGAUUAAAGACUUAAAACGUGGAACUGAAGAACGAAAGAAAGCACAGUCAAUAAGAAGUGAACUUAAG